AUGAGGUAUGGCCUGAUUCGAAAUCCUGACAGGAGCCAACUCACAGAUUCACCUGAGAGGCUGAAAGACUGUCGUCAAGUGGUGUAUACGAUUCAUACAGUUUUGGGCUGGCGAGAACUUUCACUUCUGCCUGUCGCUUCAAUCGACCAAAUAGAAGGCUCCGCUGGCCAGAGUUCUCGAAGCAUACGAAAAAACAAAACAGACGACGCAAGGGAACUCUUGUCCGAGGCCCACUCCAACGGGCCGAGGCAGAGGGUUGAGACGAGAGGAUCACUCGGGAAGCCUUGCUCUCAAUCAAUCAUUCUCCCGCUGAAGCGUGACUUUCAGACCUCCUUACGAGACACAAUGGGCAGCCACAACUGCUGGGAAGGGGGCACGAGAUGGGGGAAUACUGUACCCUACUGGCCGGUUGCCUUGGUCUUCCUCUACGUGUCAAUUCCCUUUUUGGGCCAGCACUACCUGUUCGCCUAUUCAGGCCGAGCUGUUGGGUUGAGUGGGAAGAAAGAGUGCCUACGAAGAGCCAGUCGUAGGUGGCCAGCUCCUCAAGCCGUCAAAAUCCACUUGAUGGCUGGCUGGCUGGCUGGCUGGCUGGCUGGCUGGCUGGCUAGCUGGCUGACUGGGAGAAAGGACAAAGGUAAUUAG